AUCUAGCUUUUACUUCCCUCGCAUACUGCGUUGCCAUUUCUCAUGUUUCUAUUCUGCUUGCAACGGAAAGUGGCGCAUCUUCGACUCAACACCGCUCGCCUCGUGGUCUUCGCAGCGCACGCUAAGAGAGCCUCAAAUGCCAGGAUGUCGUCUGCCAUGAGUGACAGUCGGAUGCUGUUGAGAUGGAAUCUCACGAAGGAAGACAUUCAGAGGGAAGCGAAUGAUCUAAUGCGAGUGUCGAGGUCCGCCUUCAAUUCAGUGGGCAGCCUGAAACGCGAAGACGUGACGUUCGAUCGAACAGUGAAGAUUUUAGCCGAUAAUAAGGCGUGGUACGACACGAGAAGGUCGAUGCUGGAUUUUCUUCAACAUGUUUCUACUGACAAGGAGAUAAGAGAAGUGAGUACUGAAGCUGAUAAGCAACUCUCAGAGUUUGAUGUGGAGAUGAGCAUGAGGCAGGACGUUUUCGAUUCUCUUGUGGCUUUCAAGGAAACGGCUCCAGCCCUUGCACCAGAAGCUGAAAGAUACCUUAAUAGAAUGAUUGUUAAUGGAAGACGGAAUGGGUUACACUUAUCGCCAGAAAAGCAGGCAAAAGUGAAGGAAAUCAAAACAAAACUGAGCGACUUGUCCAUCACGUUCACUAAGAACCUCGGCGAAGAGAACACAACGUUACGAUUUGUCGAAGACGAUUUGGAUGGACUUCCUGCUGACUUUGUGAAGAGUUUGAAAAGAACUGAUGAUGGCAACCAGUAUGAAGUAACCCUCAAAUAUCCACACUAUUUUCCUUUUAUGAAGCAUGCAAAGAGGGCGGAAUCUCGAAGGAGGCUUAAUGUUGCAUUUCUGUCUAGAUGUAAAGAUGAGAAUACAAAGAUUUUGCAAGAGCUUGUUGAACUAAGGAAGGAGAUGGCUGACACUCUAGGUUACCCUACUCAUGCAAGUUACAUUACUGAGCUUCGAAUGGCUAAGACUGUUGAGACGGUGGAUAAGUUUUUGACUGAACUUGCUGGUCAGAUGAAGCCAUUGAGAGAUAGAGAUCUGGAUGUGUUUAGAGAGUACAAGGAGGCGGAGUGCACAGAGCAAGGCCACAAAUAUGACAACCAAAUAAACAACUGGGACAUGCGAUACUACAUGGAGAGAGUCCAAGAGAGACAAUACAGCGUUGAUCAGGAAAAACUUAAAGAGUAUUUCCCACUCAACAUCGUGACAACCGGUUUGCUGGCCAUUUAUCAAGAGCUGCUGAACUUGAAAUUCAGUGCAGUGUCAGGUGCUGAGGUUUGGCAUGAGGAUGUCACUAUGUACAGUGUAACUGAUGCUAAAAGUGAUGAGUUGAUGGGUUGGUUCUAUCUUGAUUUGCAUCCGAGAGAAGGGAAGUUUGGACAUGCUGCCUGCUUUGGCUUGCAACCCAGCUGUCUACUUCCUGAUGGCACGAGGCAACCAGCUGUAGCUGCAAUGGUAGCAAACUUUACGAAGCCGACAGUUGAUCACCCAGCACUUCUACUACACGACGAGGUGGAGACAUUCUUUCACGAGUUUGGUCACGUGAUGCACCAGAUUUGUGCUCAAGCAGACUACGCCCUCUUCAGCGGCACAAGUGUUGAGCGAGACUUUGUAGAGGCUCCAUCUCAAAUGCUAGAAAAUUGGUGUUGGGAGAAAGAGUCUCUGAGACGGAUGUCAAGCCACUACAAGGACGGCUCACCAAUUCCUGAGGAAUUGCUUGACAAAUUGAUUGCUUCACGUAUAGCAAACAGUGGGGUUUUUAACUGCCGGCAGUUGACGUUUGCCUUGUUUGAUCAAGCAAUACACAGUAGAGCCAACGUUGAUAUCGUUGAAACGUAUGCCCAGUUUACCAAAGAUAUACUCGGAAUUGAAGCAACUCCUGGUACGUCAUUUCCUGCGACAUUUGGUCAUCUUGCUGGCGGCUACGAUGCACAAUACUAUGGAUACUUGUGGAGUGAAGUCUUCUCUGCCGAUAUGUUUCAUUCGAGAUUUAAAUCCGAGGGUAUAAUGAAUCCAGCGACUGGUGCGGAUUACAGGAGGUGCAUUCUGCGGCCGGGAGGAUCGAAGGACGGGAUGGACAUGCUGAAGGACUUUCUUGGUCGUGAACCGAGUCAGGAAGCGUUUUAUGUCAGUAAGGGACUGACAGUCUGAUGGAUGGCGAUCGGACUGUAUGAGCUAUGCUGUUGCCGUUAUGUCGUCAACUUGCAAAGUGUGCUCUUUAGAAACGCGUGGAAUUGAAGGUAUUUAGUUGAUUUACUAAAACUAUGCAUUCAGAUGCCCAAUGGGCUAUGAAAAACA